AUGGCGUCGUCCUCUUCCACUUCUGCCGCCGGAUCCGGCGACGGCGCACGGGAGACUACCACGACGUCGGAGUUCGUCGCCACGGAAGUGUCCGGGUCGCACGUUCUCACCAUCAACGGGUACUCCCGGGCCAAGGGGAUCCCCACGAACGAGUUCAUCAGCUCCUCCUUUACCUUCGCGGGCCACAGCUGGUCCAUCAGGUACUUCCCCAACGGCUCUAGCAGCUCCGGAGGCACCGCCGCCGCCGCCGCCGCCGCCGCCGCUGCCAGCGCCUCCGUCUACCUAGCCUGCGCUGACGACGUCGUGGCACGGUUCACGAUCUGCUUCCUCGACGAGGCCGAGGAACGACCGAUAUGCAGCAUGUCCACAGGCGAGUUCAGACGCAUGUCGGAGCAAAGGGGCGACGGUUUCCAAAUGUUCAUCACGAGGGUUGCCUUGGAGCGUUGGCGCAAUGUUAGGGACGACCGUCUAAGGAUCAGGUGCGACAUCACCGUCCUCAAGGUGAUCCAACAGAACGAGCAUGCCACCACCAUGGCGAAGUACGUCGACGUGCCGCCGCCCGACUUGUUUCGGAGUCUUGGCUAUCUCCUCUCGACCGGGGACGGGGCGGACGUCGUGUUCGAGGUUGGCGGGGAGACGUUCAGCGCGCAUCGGUGCAUCCUCGCCGCCCGGUCGCCGGUCUUCAGGGCGGAGCUGUUCGGCCCCAUGAAGGAGGGCGCCGCAGCUUCCGUGGGGAUCCAUGACAUGGAAGCGAGAGUGUUCAAGGCCCUGCUCGACUUCAUCUACACCGACGUGUUCCCUGACAUAGACGAGGGUGAAACCAUGGCGGCCAUGGCGUCGCAUUUGCUCGUCGCGGCGGACCGGUAUGGGUUGGAGAGGCUAAAGCUGAUCUGCGAAGAGAAGCUCUGCGGCUACAUUGACACGAGCACUGCUGGUACGAUAUUCGCAUUGGCCGAACAGCAUGGUUGUCAUGGGCUUAAGAAGGCAUGCUCAGAUUUCCUCAUGUCCGGCAACAAUCUGACAGCCGCCAUAGCGACCGGUGGCUUUGAGCAUUUGAAGAUCAGCUGGUCCUCCGUUCUACAAGAGUUGCUCGUCAAACUCAUUGUGAAAUCUUCAUCUUGA